AUGUCCGCCAAUCCCGAUUCCGUUACCAACCAGGGCGAGUUCCACUCCAAGGUCCCUCCAUCUAAGCCCCAACACGUAUCUGGCCACCGACUCGGCCCGCAAGUAGGCAACGAAGCCGCGCCCGAAUUCCACGCCAAGACCUUCCCACCCGGCACCGCUCCCGAGAAGGACUCUUACCAGCCGAACCCGAUCCACGAGACCCCCGGUCAGGCUCUCAACCCGGACGUCGACCCAUCUUCGCGCACCGACCCGCUCGACGCCUACAGGGGCUCCACCAGCCAGUCCAUCUAUAACCAGACCCAGUACGGCCAGCCGAUGCAGGGUCAGACGAGCAGGGAGCUGCACGGCAUGCACGCCGGUAAGCGCAAGAAAGAGCACUCCGGGCUCGAGGGCGUGGGCGCCACCGACAAGCAUGCCGAGACCGUCGAGCACAAGGUCCGUGAGCUGGCCGCUGAUAAGCCUGAGCCUAUCAGGAGGGGUAUCAGGGGUGAGAGGGAAGGUGCGGAGUAUAGCCUGCCGGAGACGGCGGAGAGGGUUGCUACUGAGCACAAGAAGCGUUGA